AUGGGCCAGCGUGUGCGGGUCGGGGCUGCCUCGCGGCUGCCGCAGCAGCCCUUUGGGAAGACAGAUUUCGCAGGCGCGGGGGCUGGGGGAGGCUGCACUGGCGCUCGGGUCGCCGCACCGCCCCACAGCCGCGCGCUCUCCGCAGUGACGGCAACCGCAACCUCAGCAGCACCCAGCUCCAUCCUCAGCCGCCUGGCCCGCGCCGCAGCUGCCGGGAACCGGGCGAUUCGGGCUGAGGGCGAAGAGCGGAAGACCUGUAGGUGUCCCAGGCCCCCCACGCCAUUGGCCGAAGCUCAAGAAACAGCGCGUGGGCUAGACGCGGUGUCGCACCGAGGGGGCGAAGAAGGGAACAAGAGAGCGCGGAGCGAUGCAGGCAGGUGUAGGAUUGAACCCCCGAGUCCGCCCAGAGGACUCUGGCAGGACCUGGGGCGGCCAGGGUGGCUUCAAGGGAUCGGAGGGCUCGGACCACUGCAGAUGCGGCGCGUGUGGGCGCGGCGAAAGCGCCCCCUUCUCCUGGGAUCUAAACGGAUAAACGGAAGCGCGUUAGAUCCUGCCUUUGGUUUGGACUGGCUGAAACACUACGAACUGCAACCCAUGUCUUUUAAAGGAGAACAAAAAGAUGAGGAUCUUGUGCGGACUCCGGGACAAAGCGUCUUGGGCUCGGUGACAAGGGACGCGCGGAACUCUGGCUCCCGGAUUGGAGAGAUCAACGCAGCCCAAGGGCACCCCGCAGGGCCUGCGGACCUCUCAGGCGAGAGGACCGCAGCAGGAGAGUUCCGGAAGGCUGAUUCCCACAGAUCCUGGUGAGGGGCCGCUGCAGCUCAGCCCUGCGGCACGCCCGGUCGGGCUGCACCAGGACUCUACACUCGAGGAAAAAGCUUGGAAACGAAAGGAUGCGGGAGAACAAAGAGCCUUCGGAGGACGUGGCUGUUAUCUCAUUGUCUGUGACUGAGGGAGCUGCGGUAGGAAGGAUGCGGUGGUCCUUAGCUCAUCGCGUUCCCCCACCCCACACCCUCCCCGCUGUCAGUGCGCACGCACACGCGCCGCCAGCUUUUUCUUUCUCAUUCCUCGUUUUCUCAUUCCAUCUUCUCCCAUCCCCUCCCUUUCUUUCACCUUUCCUUCCUCCCUCCCUCCCGUACCCCUCCCUCCCCCCUUCCUCCAUCCUCCAUAUCCCCUCCCUCCCUCCCUCCCUCCCUCCCUCCCUCCCUCCCUCUCUCCUUCCUUCCUUCCUUCUUUCCUUCCUUCCUUCCUUCCUCAGGAGAAAGGCCUCUCUCUCCGUGUUCACAGCGGACCUUGAUUUAAAUGUCCAUACAAUUAAGGCACGCGGUGAAUGCCAAGAAUGGGGCUGUCUGAGCACCUUGGGUCCUUGAGGGCCCGCCACGGAAGGAUCGACCCAGCCCAACGCCCUGGGCAGAUCUCAGCGCUGCAGCUGCAGGCGCCACAGGAGGGGCAGUGAGCUGCUGAAUGCCUCACACCGCAGCCUUUAGGGUGGGGAUGUGUGCGGCUACCGACAAAGAGGGGCUUGUGCAGAUGCAAACAGAAUCUAGGAAAGAAACAACCCAUUCUGUAACAGAAACACGGAUCUGUGUAAGCGGGUGGUAGUAGGAGUGGGAGAUAGUCUGGGAGCUGUUGGAGAAUGAAGAGUGCGCGUUAGCAUCUGGGACCCUGCCCAUUGUACAAGGUCGACACCUUACUCCGUAUCUCUUUUUGUCCUGGGCUUUCAAUUUGCCCUUAAACAAAUACUAAUAAUCUGGUACCCAUGCGACGGGCAGACUGCCCCCAGAGCCUGGACUGCAGCUACAUUGAAUUGUUCUGCUUGGGGUUGGUCGGGUAGUCUUUAGAGGAAGCUGUUUGUCACACUUUGGUGGAGAGCUGUAGGCAUUUGACAAGCUUAAGCAGAUCUCUGGGAUGAAGGCAACCAGCAAAUUUGCUCAUGAACAGCGCACAGACUCCAUCAAAGCUGACAGCUAGCCCACGGCUCCGAGGAGGGCCUCCCAGCGUUCUUAGGGCUCUGACUGAAGUUUCAGGCAAAGAUCCAAAACUGCAGGAGAGGCUCAGUACCCCCAAAGGGAGGGCUGCUCCGUUGCUCUUAAAACCAGGACAGAAGGAAAAACAGCAUGUGUACAGGUGGGGGUCUGAGGAAAGUCUGUUUUGAAGCGGGCUGUCCAGGAACAGAAAGGGUUAAGCCUCCCUCAUCCUGAAGCACCUGCUUCCCAAAUCAGCCCCCAGCAGCAGCUGGUCCUGGAGACCCCCGACACAGUUCCAUUCCAUCUCCAUCUCAGUGUUCCCCGCCAACCUUCAGUGGGAGGAUGGUGGCCUGGUGACCGACCUAAACUCAUUAAUUUCCAGGUGGAGAAAACAGAGGAACGGCAGGUCCCAGCAGCAGAGGGAGAGAAAGGAGGCCAAGAGCUGGCCUUCCCACCCAGGAAGCAGGCAGUAGCCCUUCCCCCUGCUGUCCUGCCAGAGGCCUGCCUUUGCAAGGCCAAGCCCAUAAAGGAUGUUUAGGAGUUUAAUCUGAUUCUUAACACAGUAAUCAGAGUCUAAAAGAGCAUCCAUUGGAGUUAAUAGAGGACUCUUUUCCCCAAAGCCUCUCUGCCUCCUCUAGUCUAGUAAAUUAGUAUUGGAAGGUAUCAUGGAUCAGUACCUCUCUGGCCUAGUUCCCUCACGAGUAUUUAUUAUUUCUUGAGUAUCUACUAUGUGUCCAUCUUUGUGAUGAUCUCAUCUUAACUGCUAAAUUUCAUCACAGAAGGGAGUGUUAGAGCUAGCUAGACUGAGGGUAAAUGCGCCAUACUCUGCCUAGGCUUUCCCAGAACCUUCUCUUCUCUGCAGAAAUGAGCCACAGCCUGCUCGCUCUUGCAGGAGGAAAGCUGUAGUGCAUACAUCAUGAGGACCACAGGGGUUUCGAUGAUUGAGUCCUAUAGAGCACGCUAGGCUACCCGGAAGGGAAAGCCUUAGCAAUGGCUGUCCUAAGAGAUGCCGUAGCCAUUGCCUUCAAAAUCUACCUCCCUUGAAAUGAGAACUGACCCUGUCCUGGGACACUCCCACCCUUUAUAAAUCUGUUAGAAGACAGUGUACUGUACCAUUUUGGGGGUGUGCCCAGUGCCCCCCUCCAUGCCCGAUGAGAUGUUAUUUUGCCUUCAAGCAAUGGCCUAAGCUGCUGAUGGCCCAACCCCUGUACCACAAACGUCCCCAUUAGCAAUCCUCUGCUCAGUAAUUGCUUCCCCAUGAUUCCUUCAAAUGUCCCCUCGUCCUUCACUGCUACUUCAUCUUACAUAACCUCCAGAUGCCUCCCCAAGUAAGGCCCUUUUAGAUAGAAACCCAAUAUGCUUUUGCUCCGAGAGCUCCAACCGCAGGCACCUUCCGUAAGGCCUGCCUGGGAUCUGCUGCAUAGGAUCUGUGCUGGGAGGGCUGCGUUUUUAUUUUAUUGCUUACAGAAACUCUUGUUCCAGAAGGUAUUAGAGUGUGGGAGUGUUCUGGGCUGGCCAGUCUGUGCGUCCCAGUGUGAGUAGGUUGUGUGUCCACCAGGUCUCCUUCCCAGAAGGGCUUUGUGUGUGGGACUCGAAUGCCCUUCUCAGCCCAGGUAUAAUUGCAAGCCCCCUUUCAUUUUCACCAAAUGAAGAAUCAGAGCCAAGGUCAGCCUGAGCUGCCACCUUCCUUCCUCUGCAUUUUCUGACCUUUUAUGCCCAUCAGUCAUUACGCAGAGAAGCUGAAGCCUUCUGCUCUCCCAAGGCGUCUCUUGAAUUUUCAAGAUCACCUCCCCUGCCUAUUUGCGCCUUCUAAUUACAUAGUAUGACUAAAAUGAAAGGAGACAUUCGUGAUCGAACCAUAGGAGGAGGCUGACAUAGUUUGAUGACUGAAUACGCGUUCUUAGUCCCUUGGGUUUGUUCAGACCCACUAUGGUCUCAGUCCCUGUGGCAUACAAGCUCUUGUGUCUCUUAAGGAACCCAGUACUUGGAAUAGAUUUAGGAAUGUAUCAAAGGACUAAUGAUUAAUAUGUUUUUCUCCCCUGCCAGAGACAGCCCAGAUCUGUCUCAGUGGAAAGGAAUUGAUUCUUUAACAGAUGCAAUGGUAAAUUCUAUAAAUUUCUUCUGUGUGUAUGUAUGUGUGUGUGUUGGGAGGGGGGGGGUUACACAAGGAACUUUGAUCAGAUAAUUAAUGUGUGGGGAGGGGCAUGUCCCCAGUGCCUCCGUGCACACAUAUUAAGCCAUAGAUUUUCUCACACAACCAUAUCCAUCGAUAAUGUGGAAGGCACUUGGCCACAAAAGAAAGUGCGCCCAUCCACACCACCUUUAUAAGGAAAUUUCCUCUCCCACUGUUGAACUUAUGUAACACCCACCCCCAUCGGAACCUUAGAGUGCCGUCUGGGGGCAGCUGCAGAAAUCCUGCCUGGGACAGAUGGAGCCUCCCCUUCCUCAGCUACUCUGUGGGUGGUUUUUGAGCCCAUGAGUCAACAUGGGCAGACUGUAGUGUGUGCUGGUGGUGUGUGUGUGUGUGAGGCUUGGCGGGCUGAUUCACAAUGAUGAAGGAUAUUAACAGCUGAGAAGUGUGGUACCUAAUAAAGAUUUUUUUUUCUUUCGA